AUGACUCUCGGUCCCCUGGGUAGAAAGCACCGCUACCAGGCUAUCGACCUUCGUAUAGAAUAUACCAAGGCUCUUUACGAACCUACUCCGGAAGACUUGAGGCCUGAAAGAGAGCCAAAUGAGGAUGAAGAAGAUUACCGGGACCGGGUCUCGAUAUGGGAGAAGAGUAUGCGAGCUGUGCAACAACCGGAGCCGAAGACCUUUUCUCCAAAAGAUAUCCGUUGUCUUGAUCUUCGAAAGGAUUACAAAGAUAAAGGAUUGCAGGUCAUCGUGAGGAUUACUAGCAUCGAACUGACGCCAGAGAAGCCUACUUAUGAAGGAGGUUCAUGGCAUGUGGAAGAUCAAAUGAAUGAACAUAUCUGCGCGACGGCUCUAUAUUAUUUUAGUAGCUAUAAUAUUACCGAUAGCCGGCUCGCCUUUCGACAAGAAAGCGAUAUGAAGAGGGCGACAUAG